CUCUUCCCUUUGGUUUGCAGAUAAUGAAGCACCGGCACGCAUCUUCCGGUGAAAAGGGGGAGACCCCUGGUAAAGGAUCAGCAAGAAAAGCCUUAAAAUCACAAAAUCAACAGGGCUCUUCCAGAAAAAAGAAGGGAACAGAAGGAGAAGGAAGAAAGCAAGGUCAAAAAAGAAAGCAGGUUACUCAGACAGUCAAAGGGAAAGCUCAGGAAGACGAGGACUAUUCCCCUGCAGGAGAAAAAGGUUUUUCCAAAAAGAUGAAGCUAACCAGUGCUCAAAUGGGGUCUUGGCAGACUCUCUCAGAGACCAGUAGGCGGUUUCUGGAAACCUUAAUGGAUUCAGUAAUACUAUCUCUUUUGUGCCAACGAAGUGUGAAAAAAGAUGAUGUUCAGAAGCCCCUCAAUUUACUAAAAGAAAGGGUGCUGAGAUCUUUCAAGACUUUAAAGGUGCCUCCAGGGAAGCUGGGCAACAUGAAGAAUAUCCCGAGCCUUCAAAUGGCAGAGAAACAAAUGCUGGAGACAAAUGAAGAAUCUUUGGUACAAUUGCAGGAAGAAAUAAAUGAAGUUGAGCAAUCAGCAGAACGCACCAAAGAACACAUACAGCAGCUGCAGUACAAAAUCCAGGUGCUCAACAGGCAGUUAGAGGAAGAUGAACAAAAGGCCAAAAAGGUGUUCAGGGAAAAUGAUGGUGAAGCGCUUUUCCUUCCGGAACUCCCCAAACGCAGUUUCCAGGCACCCACUUUGCAGGAAGAAAUUUUGAAGAUUAAAAAUCGGGAAAAACUUCUAAAGGAUAUGAACACUAUUCAGCAGUCAGCUGAUUUGAAGAACAUGUUAACCCUCAUUGAAAAAACCUAUGAGAAGGUGAACUUCCUUUGAGAAACCAAAAUAUAUGGGGUCUCCUUUGACGAGGAUAACCUUUGCCAUCAUCCUGUGUUAAUGUAGAGCAUCAGGAUGCUCAUCGUGGUUUUAUUCCUAAUGGCUUUGCUGUUGUGACUGCUGAAUUUCUGUUAAAACAUUUUCUACAAAUAUUGGUAUAUAAAUCUGUAGAUACAUUCUGGAACUCUAGUGAUUUAAGUGACCAAUUGAGGGGUUUUAUUUGGAGGAGGGUGGGGUUAGACCUGUGAUGACUUCUAAUGAUGUAUAUUCUUUUAGGAGGAGGGAGGGAAAUGGAUCCUGGGUUUAUCUGGGUAUUUUUAUAGAAUAAGGCAACAUAUUCCAUUAUAUUUGGACUUUUAUAUUGUAUCUGUAAAUUGGUGAAGGUCGUAUCUCUUACCAAACUAACUUUUGUUUUGGAGUUAAAUGCUCUUUAAACCCAAAACACAUAGUAAAAAAUAUGCAUAUCUAAUGUUCAGUUGCAAAUCAACGUUUCAACUUUCUUACCUUUUUUAAAUAAAAAUUCUCCAUGGCCA